UUGAAAGUACUUAUAUCAGUUUAUGUUUGUUUUGCUUUAAAGUACAAUUAAAAACUUACAAAACAAUCAUGAAUAAAUUGUGUUUUCAUCAAUACUGCCUGUACAAGCUGCAUUGUUAAACACAAAAUUUUUCAUGCCACAAAAAAUUUAAAGUUGUGUUUUGAAUGACACAUAAAUUUUAAGCAACAUGGGCAUUAUAGGUAUCAUGUAUGCGUAAUAAUCAGCAUCUACUGUACCAAAGCUUUACAAGGCAGAAGACUUAACAUUGACCAAGUAUUAAAUCUUAAAGUUUGAUACAGUGAGGAUAUUUCUUAGUGUAAUGAAUCAAAUAGGUGAUAAAGAUAAUAUUCAGCAUUUAACUUUAACAACUGUACAUGUUCAUGAAAUAGAAGAAAUGGAUACUCAGGAAGAAAUUGUAAACAAUUUAGAAGGAUCUGAAACCAAACCACUGAACGGUGAAUAUGAACUAUCUUGUACUACUCAUGACCAGGAUAUGGAAGAAGAUGAGGCCAGAAAUGAAGCGACCUUUCGAUACACUGUUGAAAGUGUAUCAAAAAUGAAGGAUUCCCAAUUAUCCCCACCAUGUUUUGUCCGUAAUUUACCUUGGAAGAUAAUGGUUAUGCCACGAUCAAGCCAAACACAAGAGCGUCAACCACAAAGGUCGCUGGGAUUUUUUUUGCAAUGUAACGGAGAAAGCGAAUCUUCAUCUUGGAGUUGCUAUGCAGUUGCUGAACUCCGUCUCCUUUCUUGUAAGGAAGGACAAGAUCCUUUUAAUCGAAAGAUACAACAUCUAUUCUACAGCAAAGAAAACGAUUGGGGUUUUAGUCAUUUUAUGUCAUUGCAAGAUGUUCUUGACAUUGAAAAAGGUUACAUUAAAGAUGAUACGAUAACUUUAGAGGUUCAUGUAGUUGCUGAUGCACCUCAUGGAGUAAGUUGGGAUAGUAAGAAACAUACGGGGUAUGUUGGUUUAAAAAAUCAAGGAGCAACGUGUUACAUGAACUCUUUGUUACAAACUCUCUACUUUACUAACCAGCUGCGUAAAGCUGUUUAUAAAAUGCCAACUGAAAGUGAUGAUUCAAGUAAAAGUGUAGCAUUGGCAUUACAGAGGGUAUUUCAUGAACUUCAGUUUUGUGACAAACCAGUUGGUACAAAAAAAUUAACGAAGAGCUUUGGUUGGGAAACGUUGGACUCGUUUAUGCAACAUGAUGUUCAAGAAUUUCUGCGAGUGUAAAUUGGAAAGUAAAAUGAAAGGAACUUGCGUUGAAGGUACUGUACCCAAACUAUUCGAAGGUAAAAUGGUAUCAUUCAUAAAUUGUAAGAAAAUUAACUAUACUUCAAGAAGAGUAGAAACAUUCUAUGAUAUUCAAUUAAAUAUUAAAGGAAAGAAAAACAUUUACGAAUCCUUUAAUGACUAUGUGAGUUCAGAAAUCUUGGAUGGGGAUAACAAAUAUGAUGCUGGAGAACAUGGUCUUCAAGAAGCAGAAAAAGGGGUUAUGUUUUCAUCUUUUCCCCCUGUCUUACAUUUGCAUUUAAUGCGAUUUCAAUAUGACCCGAUUACAGAUUGUUCUGUUAAAUUUAAUGACAGAUUUGAAUUUUAUGAGAAAAUCAGUUUGGGCCAGUAUUUGAAGUCAAGUAAAGAAGAUCCUGCUGCUGAUUACACACUACAUGCUGUUCUUGUACAUAGUGGUGAUAAUCAUGGUGGACAUUACGUAGUUUUCAUCAAUCCAGCAGGUGAUGGCAAGUGGUGUAAAUUUGAUGAUGAUGUCGUAUCACGUUGCUCAAAGCAAGAAGCUAUAGAACAUAAUUAUGGAGGACAGGAUGAAGAUGUUUCUAUGACAGUCAAACAUUGUACUAACGCAUAUAUGUUAGUUUAUAUUCGAAAUUCUCAAUUGGAAAACGUCUUGCAAGAUGUUCGAGAAGAGGAUAUUCCGCAAGAGCUGGUAGACAGACUUCAGGAAGAGAAAAGAUUGGAACAAAUAAAGAGGAAAGAACGAAACGAAGCUUAUUUAUUCAUGACAGUUAACGUUUUAUUAGAAAAUAGUUUUGAUGGACAUCAAGGAAAUGAUCUGUAUGACCAAGAAAAAGCAUUAUAUCGUACGUUCCGUGUACGCAAACAAGCAAGUUUACUGGAGUUUUUGGAGUUACUCAGUGAAAGCUUGAAAUAUUCAAUAGAACAAAUACGAAUUUGGCCUUUUAGUAUGAGAUCAAAUCAAACUUGUCGACCUACGUUAAUUGAACCAGAAUCUGAUCUUCAAAAGCCUAUAUCAGAUUGUGCUGAAAGUGGUAACCCUUGGACCGUAUUUGUUGAAUUGAUAUCCCCAGACUUAGGAGUGAUGCUGUUACCAUCUUUUGAUAAAGAUACUGAUGUAUUGCUAUUUUUUAAAUUAUAUGAUCCCAAAAAAAAACGAAUACAUUACUGUGGUCAUCAUUAUAUGCCAGUUACAUCAAAAGUCCAGGAAUUAAUUCCCGUACUAAACGACCGAGCUGGAUAUCGACCAAACACAAAUUUGAUAUUAUUUGAAGAAAUCAAACCUAAUAUGGUGGAAAAAAUAGAAAAUCUAUCUGAGCCGUUGGAAAAAGUCUUGGAAGAAUUAAUGGAUGGAGAUAUAAUAGUUUUCCAGAAAAACAAUGAUGAUCAUGAUUUGUACGAACUUCCAACAUGCAGAGAUUAUUUUCGGGAUUUAUCUUCUAGAAUGGAAGUAACUUUUUGUGAUAAAACUCUGCCAAAUGAUGUUGGAUUCAUCCUGGAACUUUCUCAGAGAAUUACAUAUGAGCAGAUGGCAAAAGCAGUUGCGCUAAAACUAGGAACUGCUCCCUAUUUACUGCAGUUUUUUAAAUGUCAAAAUUACAAAGAUUUGCCUGGCAAUCCUUUAAAAUGUACUUUUGAUGGAACAUUGAAAGAGUUAGUUGCUAGCUGUAAACCAAAGACGAAAAAAAUUUUUUAUCAGCAACUCAGUAUCCACGUAAAUGAACUUGAAAAUAAAAAACAAUUUAAAUGUAUAUGGGUUAGCCCAUCCUUAAAGGAAGAAAAAGAGAUUAUUCUGUAUCCAAACAAAAAUGGAACUAUUUUGACUUUGUUAGAAGAGGCUAAAAAACAAGUUGAUUUAUCAGAAAAUAGUUCAGGGAAAUUAAGAAUCCUUGAAAUUGUUAGUAACAAAUUGCAACCAGGUCCAAAAGAAGAUGUUCUUCUUGAGAGUUUAAAUACAAACGGCUCAAAAGUUUAUAGGAUCGAAGAAAUACCAAAAGAUGAAUUAAUUUUGUCUGAGGAUGAAUUACUAGUGCCUGUGGCACACUUUCAGAAAGACGUAUUUGCUACAUUUGGUGUACCUUUCCUUUUUAAAGUUAAACACGGUGAACCAUUUGUGAAAAUGAAGGAAAGGUUGUUUAAGAAAUUAGGUGUGCAAGAAAAGGAGUUUGAGAAGUUUAAGUUCGCGAUUGUUUCUGCAAAUAAAGCGCAUCUCAUCAAUGAUACACCCGAAUACUGUAUGGAUUUAUCUGAUUUUAAACCACAUCAAAAUCAAAUUUUCUCUUUGUCCAACUCGAGUACAGCACCGCAAAAGCCAUGGCUUGGAUUAGAUCACGUGAAUAAAGCACCAAAGCGUUCUCGCAUAAAUUACCUUGAAAAGGCAAUUAAAAUUUAUAAUUAGUCUUAAAGAGUCUUCACAAACAAUGUAUUAUUAGACAUCGAGUAACCAGCAUUCAACAAGACUUCAAGAGCUAACAGAAUGUGAAUUAAUAGAAAAUGUCAAUCACGUU